AUGGGGAAAAGGCACGUCUGCCGGCUACGGGACAGCAAGUUUUUCAUGCGGAGCUUCAUCAAGUUGGCUGGCUUUCAUAUACAUCUAGCAAGUCAUGAGACUCGGAAUCUCGAGGAGGAUUCGGAGUUGGAGAUCCUCUUCCAGAUGAGCCGCUUCGGAGGAAUCCUGCAUGGUGUCAGGGAGGGCUUUUCCCCAAGUGACAUGAACUUCGUCACCGAAACCAUGAGGACUUGCAGAGCGUUCACAGCAGUUGGAGCAGAAGGUGCCAUAAAGAGAAAGCACUUCUACCGCAAACUGCACAACUUAAUUAUGGCAGUGGGGAUGGUUGAUGUGCUUCCUCGGGAGGUUGGUGGCCCAGGCCACAAUCUCCUCCUCGAGGCACUCAUGGACGAGCCAGAGGACACCGAACUGCAAUGGUGGUGGUUGGUGCUGGAAACGCUGCUUUCGGGGACCAAACAAAAUCGUAGCGGUUCCACACGAGCUAGCGGAGUGUCAUGCUCUGCUCGCCGGAUGCGACUACACGUUGCAGUCAGGUGGAAGCUGCAUGGAUUUGGGCAGUCGGAAGCUGUCUGCCGCCCGGACUGGCGGCAUGAAGGACGCUUGAAGUUGGCGUCUACGAAUGGUGGCUACUUGUGA